UAUCAAUCUCCCCUGAGGUAGUCCUGUUUGCAGCCACUUUCCCACCAGAGCCCGUCAUGUGUAGUUCUGAUGACGAGGACGAUGGGGGGGAGGACGACCAUAGCGCUGAGCGUUUUGUUAGGGUCGCUCCCCUCAGAGGCCUCGAUUUCCUUCGUCGUGCACAUGCCGCUCCUGUGUACUCGAACCCCCUUCCAUCUCUCAGCAGUGAAGAGUGGGAGCGCAAUCAGGACGAUGUGACUGAGCUGGUUGACUCGCCAUCCAAGGCCCCGCCUGCCACUCGUCCCGCCACGACAACCCCAGCUGCCACUCGUCCCGCCACAUCAACCCCAGCUGCCACUCGUCCCGCCACAUCAACCCCUGCUGCUACUCCUCCCGCCACGACUACAUCGGUCGCCGUGACCGAAACCGACAGUUGCGGAGAAGACGGCGAGGGCAUACGAAAAGGCGCAACAUAAGUACACCAAUGAUUGGCUCCCGAAAUUCCCAUGGCUGGUCCUUGAUAAAAAUGACGACGGAAU